AUGGACUCCAUGAGUAGUGUACCAGCUGGGCGAGUGCUCUGCAAAAGCCCAAUGCAAUGUGAGCAAGGCUUGCAUAGUCACCUCACACUACACAACGAAGCAUCAGUCGAUCCCCGACCGAACAAGGCGCUAGAACCAGUAUGGCUCGACAUUCUGCUGCAUGGGUAUCGUCACCAAGACCUGGUCGUGGCUGUAGCAACAAGAGGUGUUGCACACAAACUGAACUCCCCACGACCACCGGAUGGAAAUCACGUCCGGAACCAUACAAGCACACGGAAGUAUACCCAAGCAUUAAUUCGAAGUGUUUCCGAUGGACAAGCUUCAGGGACGUACCUUGUUCUCGAACUACCGACGGCCCUACGAUGGUCGGAACUUCGCUUUAGCCCGUUUGGGUGCGUCCCUAAGAAAGACGUCGACCCUCUCUCGAAGCACGGCUUAUCCAUGACCUGUCAAUAUGAAUCUGUUCGACGCCUCGCGGAAAAGAUUGAAGUUUUGGCCCGCCAGUACCCUCAACUACAAGUCAAGGUUCUUAAAGGCGAUGUGAAAAGCGCAUUUGGACUUAUACCUGUGGAUGCUAAGCUGGCCGCCCAUUUUGCCGGAUCGUGUGGGGGCUUGGCUAUAGUCGAUAUGACUCUCCCGUUCGGUUGGACUGGUUUACCAGCUCAUUAUGGUGCGUUCGGUGGUGCUAUUUCGUUUCUGGUGGCCCGAGAGAGCCCAAAAUCGCUGGAUCCCAUCGAACAAGACGAUGAGUCGUUCUUCUCGUUUGUGUGGGUGGACGACCACAUUCUUCUCGAAGUUGAUCGUGGAAACAGAUUGGCCCUAGCAGAAACUGCUCUUCGAUUGAGCAUGAUCGCUACGCUGGGGCCAAAAUCAAUCAACGAAAAGAAAUUUUCUUCAUGGUCUACCAGACUCGUUGCCCUAGGCUUAACUUGUGAUACACAACGCCGUACGAUAUCGAUUCCGGCAGAUAAAGUACAUAAAGCUCUCAACCGGAUCUCAGAUGCUCUAUCACAUCCAACGGUGUCUCGCCACCAAGUUGAGAAACUCCUGAGAUCCCUACGUUACUUGGCGAUCUGCUGUCGGUCGACACGCGCAUUUCUCCAGCGUCUCCAUCAAUUGUGGCGACGUUCGUCACGAUUCCAGAGUAUUCGACUCCCUCAGGAUGCCCGUCACGAUCUUCGCUGGGUGGCUUCGCUGCUUCAGAAUGGCGCAGCGAACAGGGUAGCAACGAGCAUCAUGGCCGACACGCUGGAACCAGCUGUGCAUUUGUUCAUGGAUGCAAGCAACGAAGGCAUUGCUGUCCUCUAUCCGGCUGCUCGUGAGUAUAUCCGACUUCAAUUUGAUGAGGAAGAACGACUAGGAAUGAAGUUGCCAACCUCCGGUAGCACUUCGUGGUUCAGUAUCAAUGUACGUGAAGCGUUAAGCGCUGUACUCUCUGUUCUCGUAUGGGGACCUCAAUGGCAAGCCACCUGUCGUCCGAAAGACAGACCGCUGCAUGUGCGAUGCUGGAUUGACAAUGCCUCCGCUGUCGCCUGGCUAGGAGAUCACAAUACCAAAACUCCAGCCGGCCAAGAGCUUACGAGAGUCUUGUACUGCGCAGAACUAUCGUUCAAUCUACACGUGACGAGCAAGCACCUCGAAGGCUCGUCUAACUACCUUUGCGGAUCUCGGAUCAAGAGCGUGGACUGGGCCAACUCUAACUCUACAAAAAUGGACCAAUCAUGUUAA